UAUAAGCACAUUAGAAUAAAUAUAUUUAUAAUUAAAAUAGUAAAUAGUAAAAAAGUUGUUUAUUAUUAAUUUUAAUAUUAUCAUCUUCCCGCGUUUAAUAAAUUCCUUCAAAAAAAUUAAAUUACCUCGACAUGUGUGCAUCUAAAUCACCAGCUCCGGAACCGAAAUGAAUAUUCUGGAGUCCAGCAAUAAAUUAACAUGAUUAUUUUUACGAUAAAAUAAUGCUGCGGUUGAUUGUUGAUGACAAAAAUGAAAUGAAAUGUGAUCUAAUCAGAAACUUCAAGUUAAUUGGCUAGAGAGGCCCUCACUCUCUACUAGUCACUCAAAUUGCUAUCAACAAUGAGGAUAAUUUUUUUAAUCCUUUGUCUAUCACUUGGAGCUUUGAUCGACUCAACACAUGGACACACAUGUCCAGCUCCGUGCGAUUGCAAGCAUGUUGGACCGCAAGCAGAGCGUUUAAAAGUCAAGUGUAACAAAGGACCCGAUAUCCAAGACAUUAAAGACAUCAACAUCGAUGUUGUCAGCGUUGAGUUGUACCACCUUGACUUGAGUAAGAAUAACAUCCACUUCAUCAGCACCAAAGUCUUCCAAAAUUUGACAAAUUUAAAGCGUCUUGAUCUGUCGGCCAAUAAAAUAUCAAAUUUAAAUGAGGGCUCGUUCGAUGGAUUGGAAAAUUUGGAACGCUUGGACUUGAGUGAAAAUGAAAUUUCUUCUAUUGACGCGCUGGCUUUUCGACCGCUGACUAAUUUGAAGAAACUUGAUUUGUCAUUUAAUAAACUGAGCUCGCUGGACUCAACUUUGUUUCAUGAUCUAACGUCAUUAGAACGCUUAAAACUGAACAAUAAUGCGCUCAAGACAUUGACGGAAGGAACGUUCUUCGGUUUAAAAUUAUUGAGACAAUUAGAUUUGUCCAACAAUCCAUGGGAAUGUGACUGUUACCUCUACUGGCUGAGUAAUUGGAAGAACACAUCAAUGUUCAAAUUAAAUCCCGUACCAACAUGCAAUUCACCGGGCAACGUCCACGGCAAGCAAAUCCCAGACUUAAAAUACUCCAAUGACUUCCAAUGUGACUGGAUAUCUCCAACCUUAGAGAUCUCUCCUUCCCAAAACCAAGUAGUCUUUUCCGGGGAUUCCAUAUCUCUAAAGUGUUCAGCGCCGAGCAUAACCGACGACCGGACAGCUAAGCUCCUCUGGCAAUGGACUCCAAGUUUACUUCCUCUAACUCCUCUAGCAGACCCGGUGGACACCUUGUCUAACGUAAAAGUCGACAAUCGCUAUUUGGCGGACAGCGGGAUAAUCGACAGUGCGUUGAGUAUUUUCCCAGUGACUAAAGAGCACAACGGCCAGUGGAACUGCUUCCUGGUGUCAAUCUACGGGAACAAAUCUAAGGCCAUCAACAUAAUAGUAAUCUCCAAUGACACUCGCUACUGUCCCUUAGCAAUCACCCGAACCAACAAAGGCGUCUACGCUUGGCCCAGAACAAUCGUUGGCUGGAAAGUCGAAUUGCCUUGCGAGGGGAUCAGUCUAUCCAGUCUGAUAUCCUUGUCUCGUGCUACCUACCAAUGCAACGCUACCGGACACUGGACCAACCUGGACACUGAAUCCUGUCCCUUCAUUUCCCCCGUAACCCGGGCGCUCCAGCAGUACACCAACAUGAACCUUUCUUUGGCCGACAAUCUGAUGGAGACUUUCAAGAGAUUCGCAAAUUACACGCACCCUCAUCAACUAUCUGAUCCAAUUGACCUGGACUUUAUUGCCAAAACCCUGGAAAAUUACCUUAACUACCUAACCCACGACAAAGAUCUUCCUCUGCUGAUAAUCGCAGCCAUAACUUCUUUGCUCAAGUCCCCCAAGGACUUAAUCCAACGCGCAGAAGUCGAUUAUAAAGCAGCAAGUCGUUUGAUUUCAAUUGUAGAGUCUGUUACCAAAGCGACGUCAGCUUUGCAGAUCCAUGAAAAGACUCUAGCUUUAGAAGAGUUCCGAGUCAACUCCGAGAGCUUUGUUGGACUCUCAUGUACUUGGUACUCUAGUGUCCUUCCAGAAGACUUGGACACUCGGUUCUUACAUUGCGCUACCAGCAACCGAACAGCAAUUCUAAAUAUCAAGGAUAAAGUAAUCGAAGCAUCAAUCCGACUGCCUUCUUCGCUUCUAGCUCAGCAGCAAAAUGAACAAGACAUGUCGCUGAUGGUCAGCAUGUACAGCGACAGCCGUCUUUUUCCAUCACCUGCCACCCGGGCAGUUAACUCAGCAGUAAUCGGCAGCCGAGUAAUUGACCGGGAAGUCAAUCUAACAGAACCGGUGAUCGUGAUGCUGAAAUCUUCCUACUCGCACCCGAUUCCAGUGAUCUGGAACUCUGAAAUCUCGAUCAAUGGAUCCCGGUGGACGCGCGAAGGCUGUCAGUUAGCAAAUUUCAUCAACAACCUUGUUGUCUUCCAGUGCAAUCGCUUGGGGUACUACGGCCUGCUUGAAGACUUAUCAUACCGCACGGUGAAUAAAACUGGCGCUCUCUUUCGGUACUCACACCCACUAGUCUACAUAGGAACAUCAGUGUUAAUCAUCAGUCUGACCAUCACAUCAGUGACUUACAUAAUCUGCUACGCAUCGAUCUCGAUGCCAAAGCGUGCGAAGCACAGCGUGAUCAACACCUGGAUCUCCAUUACACUUCUAAGCUUCCUUUACACGAUUGGAAUCCAGCAAACAGAGAACAUUGAAAUCUGCCAGAGUGUCGGAUUGAUUAUCCACUACUUGUCCUUGUGUUCUCUGCUCUGGAUGGCAGUUAGCGCGAGUAACAUGUACAAGAGACUUGCAAAAAACAGUCAGGAGCUCGUUUCUGAUGAUGAGAUUCCCGAGCAACCGAUUCAAAAACCUCUUCUAGGUCUCUAUCUUGUUGGUUGGGGGAUUGCUCUGAUAGUCUGUGGCAUCAGCGGAGCAGUGAACUUGCGCGAGUACGCCGGAUACUCUUACUGCUUCCUCACCAAAGCCCCAGCACUCACAGCACUCUUUAUUCCAGCGAUCAUGCUGAUAGUCUACUUAUCUAUUUUCUACUUAUUAGUGCGUUGUACCAUCAGGAACGUCGACCACAACGGCCAGUUGAGCGAAGGAACCCAAGCGACGGAGAACAUGGACCUAGAACUACUGGAGCCUCAUGAGAACCGAGACCAAGCCAGCAUGAGUGUCACCGUGUCUUCUGAAAUUGAAGAUCUGGAGCAUUCGCAGAUGACCCAACUUAAAGGACAUUUCAUCGUCCUGGUUCUGUUUAUAGUCACCUGGACAUCCGCAGCUGCUACAACAGUUUCUCCUGUCUUUCUUCCUUUUCCUUACGCCGAGUCAGUUUUUUCAAUCUGCUACGCUCUUUCUUCUUCAACUCUCGGCUGCUUUGUCUUUCUGUUCUACGGACUAGCACGCAGUGACGUAAGAUCUCAAUGGACGCUGAUGAGAUGCUGGCUGAGACGGAAGAAAAAUAACUGCUGUCGGACCCGCAGUGUUUGUGACGCGCGUCCAGCUCUUCCUGCCCAAUCGCUGGUUCCUAACUUACCGAUCAUCAAUCACCCGACUCAUUUGUCGGAUUCUAAUUCCGUCAGUUCUCGGCACACUAAUGUCUUGCCUAUAGCGUUGGCUCACGCGAUAAAAGCCCCAGAACGAGAGUCGCCUAGCAAAAAGACUAACGUAAACCUUGUGGUUCUUCAUCGUCAGCAGUAUCGUUCGAAUAAUUCCGUUAAAACCUACACAGAGUCUGCGCCGGUCAAUAUUGAAAUGUUCUACAAUCCCCACCAGAGCGGAGUGGCGAGGAAAUUCUUCAAGAAACAGCGCCGCCACAAGCACAAUAAUUUAGGACCUCGGAAGCAGGGUGAUGGGGGCGCCACUAGUGAUGGAGGGAGCUGUAUCUCCAUUCCUCGGCCAGCUGUUUUAGGAGAUGGACGCGAGCGGAUUGAAACUAUUUUUGGAAGUGGUGCGAAGGUUAAUAAUACGAAUAUUCAUGUGGAAUUGAAUCCUGUUGCUGAUGCGAAGAAUGUUAACAUGUUGUCUGAUAGCGGAAGCAUGUCGGAGGGAAUGAGGUAUGUUAUUGGACAAGAGAUAGCCCGCCAGGGGAGCAAAAAGGUCAACAAUGAUCACCGGAGGAUUGAAAGGAUUGAAGCCGGACUGAGUCCUCCGGAGUCUGAAGAAGAAAAACAUCUGCGCAAUGUGUCUCAGCAGUGUAGUUUAGAGUACAGCUCAGAAGCUGACUUGACUGCUGCGUUGACCAGCGAGCGAAGCGAUCAUAACCUUCCGGAGAUAGGCGAAACUCCAGAAACUCCGGAAAAAAUCUCUGAGAAAGACUUCCAAUGCUCUAGCGAUGUUAAUUCUCAGGAUCAAGAUCGAGGUGUUGGAUUUCAAGAUGAACCUUGUAAAAGAAGGUCUAGUCUGUAUGACCUGGAUUCUGAGUGUGGAAGAAUUGGGGAGAAGCAUGAAGCGACAUCUGUUAGUGGAAGCUCUUCCAGGUCGAGACCGAGGCAGAAUUCUCGGCAUUCUGACGCUGAUGGAAGCUUCAAAGAAUUGUUCAGUGGCUCGCUGACUGAUGUAAGAAUUCCGACGGGUUUUGGGAAAGAUUUCAGCUCGCUCACGGAUUUAGCGACUAUUGAUGUCACGCUAGGAGCCACAAGACAUCUUGAUAUGAAUGCGAGCAUUGGGGUUGAUUAUGAAGAUACUAAUUAUAGCACUGUGCAUUACACGGAUGACGCCGCGCUUGAUGAAGAAAUGCUGCUGGACAAUCCGAUUAAGAAGGAGACUAGUGUUUAGGUUUAGGUAGUUUAUUGAUAAGUGAUAAAUAAGUAUUAGUAGCGAUAAGUUAUUCAUUUUUCUUCUUUUUAAGGCGAAGAAAUUUAAAAUAGUUCCUAUUAAGGUUUGAGAUUUUUUAAAUAAAAUCAUGGUAAUAAAAUUGUACAAAACAGUUCUUGGAGGAUAGUAUUAUCUGUUAUGAUCGUGUAUAGGGUUUAAUGUUGAUAAGUUAGGUUCGUAUGGGUAUAUAGUCAUGGUUAAUUGUAUUUGUAGAGAAGAAAAGAAUUUUGGUGAAUAAAUGGCUAUAAGCAGGUUUAUUAUAUCGCGUGUGAAAAAAUAAAAGGAUGUAUUGCUACAGGUUACGAUCCAUGGUAAAAGGGCAUACAGCAAAAAUUUUUUUUUGUCAUUUCUCUUAAAAUCACUUAAAACACAAAGAUCUGUAAAAAUAAUAUUCAAGCAUCCUAAAGCUCAAAGGGCGUAUCUCAUGCGCUCUGUUAGCUUUUAGUAAAGUAGUGCCUAAAAGAGCGUAUAAAAGAUUUUAAGUUUUGACACAAAAUAGUGACAAAUAGUUUCACAAGACGAGUUAUAUAAAAAAAAAAAACAGUCUGAGGUAGAUAAAAUAAACAAAAAUACAUUAUUUGUAAAUGUAAUGAAAGAGUUUAUGAGCUGAAACGAGUGUUAUGCUUCUUUUAUCGUUUUAACUUACGAACUAUAGUAUUUUUGUUUCUCAAAUACAUAAUAAUAGACAUGAAAUUGUAAUAAUUAACGUAACAGCUGAUUGCUCCGAAUAUUAACUAUUAUGCACUAAAUAUUGACCACCUAUGUUCCAAAUACUGAUCGGUAGAAUUAUGCUUACUAGACUUAUAAAUAACUUUUAUUUAUAGUUUAUAAUAGUAAUUAAAAGUUGAUAAUUACCUACUAAAUAUAAAAUUAAAUUACUAGAUUUUUUUGUAAUCAAAUUGUGUAAUGUCCACGUAUCCACCUAAAUAUCGUUUUAAUCCCCGGCUUGAAUUUUGUUCGCCGGAGUCCAGGGUCUUAAACGGGGAUUAUCUCAAAACGCUAAAACAUAAAUAAACACUUGAUUUUUAAUUAAGAAAUCAAAGAAAAGAAAACUUCUUUAUUGGCUUGAUCAAUAAUUUAACAACAGUUAACAAUAAACAAUAUAAACAAUACAAUAGAACAUAACUUCACACAUAUACGACGGUAUUCGCGGUCUACAUAAUACGAGUAAAUAAUAAUUUAGUAAAUUGCUCAGAAAAAAAAACUUAUAGGCUCUUUUAGCUUUAGGUCAUAAAAUUUUCAAAUUCCUGAAACUAAAAGAGCGCAUGAUUAAAGACACACGCCCUUUUACUUUUUUGGCUCGCGAUUUGUAAAUUGUAGGGUUAAGGCUAAGAAAUGUGCAUUUUGAGGUUAGUAUUGUCUUCUUUGAGAAAUCUGAAGGCAAUGAUUUUAUUUAGUCAUAUACGAUUGUAUGUAUAAUCCGGGAAGAAAGAGUUCAUGUGAUCAGAUAUGGGCUUUUCUUCGGACAAAAGAUUCAAAUUUUAAUAGAUUUAGUGGUCAUACGUAAAUAGAUAGAAGUUUCAUUAAAAUGACUGUAUAGGUGAAGAUAAUAAUAAUAAUCUGUUUUGAUAUAACCGUAGGGUUAUAUACGACUUUUGAGAUUUAAAUUUUAUAAACUGUGGUUAUGCGUCAAUAUAUAACAAAAUAAUAAUAGAUAUUAAAUAUAUAUGAGCAUAUAUUAUAUAAAGUUAGAAUAUUAUUAGAUCAGGCUGUAAAGAAGUAAUACUGAGGAUUCGUAGGCUAUAGUGUAACUAAUAUAUAUCCAGAUAGCCAUUGUUGAUAGAAACGUAAAAUCUAGGACCGGAAUUCGUAAAUUUGAAGAAAAUUGGAGAGGCCAAGGUUGUAGUGGAGUUGACCGUAAAUUUCUUCGCAAUUUUAGUACAAGUUGACUAAAGAAAACUGUACAAGUUAUUAUAGUGAACUUUAACAAAAGUGAUAAAAGCCAAAAGAGCAUAUAAAAAUUUUUUUUGCCAACCAAUUUGCAAAAAUAUUCUAAGCUUAAAACUAAAAAAAAAAUGUUUGUAAACUAAAAGAGCGUAUGUCUCAAAUUAUACGCUCUUUUUGCUCUUUAAUAUUUUUUAGAUACAACAAAGUAUAUGAAAAAAACAAAUAUACCAAUGAAAAAAGAGCUAAAGAGUAUUUGGGAUGGAUGGAACGUUUUGAUGACAGUAUACAAGGAAGCGAUACAUGGUUCGACGUAUCAACGCAUGGUAUUCUUAAAUACUGAAUAUGUGAAGGCGAUUUGUUGUUGAACUGGAAGACAAGUGGAUUCCAAACAAUACUGCAGUUGAUGAUAAAUGACAGUAAAGUUAACUCGGAUGUGAAAA